AUGACCACCUUUCUGGCAAUUUCCUUUGCAGCUCUGGUUUUGAAUAUUCUCAUUGGAAUGGUGGCCAAUAGAUUUAUUGUCCUCUUCAUUUGUUUCGACUGGUUCAGGAGGAGGAAAUUAUCUCCAACUGACUUGAUCUUGUGCUGCCUUGGACUGUCGAGGUUUAUAAUGCAGAUGAUAAUGAUCCUGAAUACAAGUGUGCUUUCCUUUGCCAAGCAUACCUAUUCACAGAAGUACAUGUGGAUCAUCAUUACCACAUUUUGGAUUUUUAUGAACACUUUAAAUCUUUGGUUUGCCGCCUGGCUCAGUGUUUUGUACUUUGUAAAGGUUGGCAUCUUCUCCCACCCUGUUUUGCUCCAAAUGAAGCGAAGAUUCUCUAGGCUGGUCCCAUGGCUGCUUCUUGGCUCAGUGGUCUUCUCUGCUGCUUUGACUAUUAUUACUAUGACAAUUUCAAUCUAUGUUUUUUCUGAAACAUGUUUUUUCUACGAGUCACUUUCGCACAACAGCAACAGUUCAGCAGUUGAAGCCCUUAAUCCUUGUAGGUACUUACCUAUUUUACUCCAUUCUCCCAGUCUCAUUCCAUUUAUUGUAUUUUUGUUCUCAGCCAUUUUUCUUAUUAGUUCUCUUUGGAAGCACAUAAGACACUUGCAAAGCAGUGGAACUGGCAUCAAGGAUCUCAAUACGCAAGUUCACUUGACUGCCAUCAAAACUCUGGCUUCUUUUGCUGUUUUGUACUUAUUCAGUUUUGUAGCAGUCAUUGUACAACCCACAGUGCCCUUGAUCCAUGAACAUCUUUGGGCAAUCACUGUUUUUCAAAAUAUGAGUGCUAUGUAUCUUUCUGGACAUGCGAUCAUCUUAAUAUUAGUGAACCCCAAACUGAAACAGGGGUUUGUCAGAAUGCUACCUCAUUUGAAAUGUUGCUUGUGUGAAGCAACAUCUUAA